ACCUAAGCUUCAUGAGUUGACACCAAACAUCAAAUCCAAUCUGUCAAAACCCUAUUGUGUAUCAGAAAAAUGAUGCCACAAUCUUCAUAUAUUUAUAUGUAUAAACAGAAGCAUUAUUCAUUUCCCCGGAUACAGAAAAAUGUCAAUGAAUGAGGCAGAUAAAGCAAUGGCUGGGGAAAAAGGCAUGGUUGUGGCAUCGAUGACGUCGAGGCUGCAAGUUCUACCAAGUGUGGAUCACGAGUCAGAUAAUUAUGAAGACAUGCAAUUGGAAUUCAGUCCCUUCUUGUUCAGUUCACUGGAGCGUUAUCUUCCACCCACUCUCCUCAAUUUAUCGCGUCAUGACAAGGCUCAAUACAUGCGUCAAAUUCUUCUCCGUUACUUCCCUACUGCCGACCGCAUUCGUCAGGUCCAGAAGCACAGAGAAUACCGACAAAAUAUUAUAUCAAACUAUCAGCCUCUACACAGGGAACUAUAUACCAUGCAUGCUUCAAGUUUCUUUGUGCCAUCAUUUCUUAAGGCAGUCAAUGAGAACACAGAGAAAAGUUUUCGAAGCAUAAUGUCUGAACCUUGUACAGGAGUUUUGACAUUUGAAAUGCUUCAACCACGAUUUUGUGAGAUGUUGCUGGCUGAGGUAGAGAACUUUGAAAAGUGGGUUCGUGAGACAAAAUUCAGAGUCAUGCGUCCCAAUACGAUGAACAAAUUUGGUGCCGUUCUCGAUGAUUUUGGCCUGGAAACCAUGCUUGACAAGUUGAUGGAAGAUUUCAUACGUCCUAUUUCAAGAGUUUUCUUUUCUGAAGUUGGUGGAUCCACACUUGACAGUCAUCAUGGUUUUGUUGUCGAAUAUGGGAUGGAUAGAGAUGUUGACUUAGGUUUCCAUGUCGAUGACUCCGAAGUCACUUUGAAUGUGUGCUUGGGUAAGCAAUUUUCUGGUGGAGAAUUAUUCUUCCGUGGUGUGCGAUGCGAGAAACAUGUAAAUGCUGAAACACAACCAGAGGAGAUCUUUGAUUAUGCUCAUGUAGCGGGGCGUGCUGUUCUUCAUCAUGGUCAACACCGGCAUGGUGCUAGAGCAACAACAUCUGGGCAUAGGAUCAACUUAUUGCUAUGGUGCAGAAGUUCCGUUUUUAGAGAGCUGAGGAAGCACCAGAAAGAUUUAUGUAGCUGGUGUACGGAGUGUCAACGCAAGAAGAAAGAAAGGCAACAGCAGUCUGUUGCUGCUAUUAAAUUGGAGUUACUGAGAAGAGGAGAAGCUACUACGUAGCUGUUUAGUAACUUUUUAGUUCCAACUUUUACCCUCCUCAAUAUGGCACCUCAUAAGGCAAAAUCGAUUUCUUGUACAAACUGAUAUAUGAAGGGUUAGGAUUUUACCGUUUCCGAUAUAUGACGGUGCAACAAUUUCAAGUAGGUACCAUGUUUUUCUUCCAUCUUGGACAACAUAUGGAAUCAAUACAAAUUUGGUUAUGGUAUGCUAAUUUUCUGUA